CGUUCUGGCUCUAGGGUGUCCACAUGCUCUUUCCCUCAACUCAAAACCUCACAAACAUAAUAUUUACAACCCCAAAUCAGUAAUCAUGGCAUCUAUAGAAGAACAACAACUCAAGCUUAUAGCUGAUCUAGAAAUUGAGAUGAUGUCAGAUAUGUACAAUAGGAUGACAAAUGCCUGCCAUAAGAAGUGUGUCCCAGCUCAUUACAGAGACUCUGAAUUAAGUAAAGGCGAAUCUGUUUGUAUAGACCGAUGUGUUGCAAAAUAUUUAGAUAUUCAUGAUAGGAUAGGAAAGAAAUUAACAACCAUGACCCAAGCAGAUGAAGCCACCAUGAAGAAGAUGCAGGGUCAAUCAGCUUCCCAAGGAAUGUGAUCAGGAGCCUAAAACUGUAGAUGGACAUGUCUUGAGGAUACUCAUAUUAUCAUCAAAAGGGAUCAAGAUAUUGUAUUGUUGGAGCCUCUGGACUCGAUCUGUGCAUUUCUAGUGCUUGACAAUCUUUGAUGGUAGUGGACUGCAUUUUGAAAUAUUCGGGGAUUUCCAAAUGCAGAAUAUAGAGAAUUGGUUCCGGUCUCGGCAUCAAAUAAGAACUGUAAAAUUCUGCAUCCCUGGCAUGCUCAUUAGAAAUGAGCCCAUCAGGGGGCCCUAUUAGGGUGUUGGUUGCAGUCAAUUUGUUUUGCACGAGCAUCAUCCAGUUUUCCAACCAGAUGCAUCGGCCAAGCCCUUGGUAGGAGUUAUUUUGGCCUCUUGAUAUCAGUCAUAAGCAACCAUCUUUUGACACAUCAACUGUCCAUGUGGUCGCAUUUAGACUACCUUGAGACCUUGGGCAAGUCACCUUUUCAUUGACCAUAGCCUGGAAUUUAACUUUGCAUCACCUAAUUAUCUUAUCAAUUGGUCAUCAGAUGGUGACCCAAGUAAAUUGUUCUUUCCCAAUUGGGGUGUGAUUUUGAGCAAGACACGUAUGUAUAUUGGUCAUCUUAUGUCACUAAGAUCAUGGAGAGAUCACUUGUUUGUCUUGGUCAUUAUA